AACCCUAACAACAUAAUUCUUUAAAAUAAAAACUUGAUCUUGAAUGUAGUGCUUAGUGAAUAGAUACAAAAUGAUUUGGUUGUUCAUUACUUUUUGGUGUAUUUUAGAAAUAAAGGCAAAUAAUGAGUUUAUGAUAAACAAUCCGCAUUGCAGAAUGCCGAAUUUUUCCGCAUUUUCAGAAGAAACUAAUCGGAUUUUUAUGUCACUGCCAUACGUAAAUUGCACGGAUUUAAGUAUUCUAACUUAUACAAGUGUUAAAAAUAAUACUGCUUAUCUACAUAUUAAUGAAGAUUAUAUUAACCAGUAUUAUUCACCCAACGACAGUAUUGAUUGCUGCUAUAGUUAUGUGAGGAGAAAAGGUACUGAAGAUUAUCCAGAUAUUGGUAUCAGUUUGUCCACCUGUCAAAUGUUUAACUCAACAAUUCCUUUGGAAGAAGAUACCGUAAAAGUUCAAUGCUAUUUAGGAGCUGACAAAAUUUACCAAAACGUUCACACAACACUAGUCAUAUCAGAGUCCGUAGCAGCUAAAAUGGAAAACCUAACAAAUAACUCCGAUAAGAAAAAACCAUUAAGCGUUUUAUUCAUUGUUAUUGACAGUGUCGCCAGACUCAAUUUUGAAAGAACGAUGCCUAUUAGUAAAGAAUUUUUAAUCGAAAACAACUUUACCGAAUUUUUAGGCUAUAACAAAAUCGAUGACAACACCUUUCCCAAUUUUAAUGCUCUAAUAACGGGUCUAAAUCUAAAGCAAUCCAAUAUUAUUUGUAAACCCGAAGUGGUAGGGGAGCUUGACAAGUGUCCAAUGAUAUGGUACGAUUACAGGAAGCACGGCUAUGCCACCGCAUACGCCGAAGAUUGGGCUUCCAUCUCCACUUACAAUUAUGUGAAGAAGGGUUUUAAAGAGCCACCAACUGAUUACUAUUUUAAACCUUAUAUGGAAGCCGCUAGAUCUUUGGGAACAAUUCAAGUUGAUACAAUGCCGCAUUGUUCAGGACCAGAAUCACAAGGAGAACGAAUAUUAAACGUUGCAAGAGAUUUCGCUGCUACAUUCAAAGAUAAACCAAGUUUCGGCAUCUUUUGGAUGAACACCUUCAGUCAUAAUUAUAUAAAUUCACCAACUCGAAUGGACUUGAGGUUUAAAGAUUUUCUACAGGGCCUUAAAUCAGACGGAAUUCUAGAUGAGAGCAUGGUAGUGUUACUAGCUGAUCACGGAAUAAGGUUUGGGGAAAUUCGUCAGACAAUUCAAGGAUGGUACGAGGAACGUCUUCCAAUGAAUUUUAUUUCCCUUCCUUCUUGGUUCAAGGAAGAAAAUCCUACAAAAUAUGAAAACUUAUUGAUUAAUUCUCACAGACUUACUAGUACUUACGAUUUGUAUAUGACUUUGCAAGAUGUACUGUCUUCGUCUGUAAACAAUUAUAAUAUUAGUGAAAGCUUAGCCUGUCCUAGUUGCAAAUCGCUAUUUUCUGUAAUUCCAGAAAAUCGCAGCUGCUUACAUGCUGGUGUACCUGAAGAAUGGUGCACCUGUAUCGGAAAAUUUAAUAAAAACCACAACGAUUUAACACCAGAACUGAAAAGAGCAGUGUUCAAAUUCAUAAUGCAGCCAAAUGUUUUUAGGCCUCCUACUGUCAUUGAUACAAUUUUAAAAUCAAGUAUUACCUAUCAUCAAAGAAGAGCUUAUUUUUUGGUUUUUGUAAAAGCUACCGAUUUCUCCACCUAUCAAGUAUUGAUAAGGGCAACUCGCAGGCCUAUACGAUUUGUUAAAGUUGUUCAAAUUAUUAAAUUAUGGUAAAUUAUUUAAAUAAAAAUAUUUUUCUAA